GUGAAUAACUGUGUAUUCAUUCCUUGCUUGAUCCUACAAAUGUGUUAGCAUGCAGCAGAAAUAAAAGAAACACAAACACAAGAAUACAAGCAAAUCAAACAAAAGCUAUUUACGUGGUUCGGAACUCUCGGUUCCUACAUUUAGUUUCCCUAAAUCCCUUGAUACUAUCUCCUUCUCGGAUACCUUCCGGAGUUGAAUAAACCUCUUUACAAUUCUUGGCUUAUACAAUAGCAACAAUAGAAUAUGGAACAGUUUUUUGCUUGCUUUCACUUGUGGAUGUUUGCUUUCUUUCACAUUUGAUUUAAUGUGGUUUGGAGACCUCACUUCUAAACAAAUAACACUCACUAACACAAAGAUUUAAUAUGGUUUGGGGACCCCAACUUAUGAUACAUCCAAUGUGUCUCCUUUGAAAAUUUAAUUAAGAACUACCAUUUACUCAUUCUCAAGGGGUAUUGGGGUAAACCUCUUAGAAAUUCCAACCUAGAUGUUUACAAUUAAAGCUCUCCUUUUAUAAUACAAUGAAAUGCAAAGCUAAGAAAAGAUUACUAAAAGCUUAGUUGAAAUCUUUAACCUGGUCAACUAUAACCUUAUCUAAGCCCUUUGAGCAUCAAUAUCAUUUGAUUAAAGGAAUUUUUCCAAGCCCUUGAAUAGCUUUGAGCACUGACACUACUUGAUUAGAGAAGUUUAGAAUUGGUUAGUCCAACCUUACAACUCAAAGUUCCCUGAGAUCUUUUAUAAGAGCUCUUCAACAAUCACAAUUUAUUUGUGUCUAGUGGAGGAAAUUCCUUAGUCGAUUGAUCAAGCAAAUGUAUUGAAUGACUAUAUCAACUAUUGAUUGAAUUUCUCUUCUAGUUGACUACUCAAGCCUUUAGCCUAUUGGAAGUCAUACCCAGUUGCUCAGCUGAUUGACCAUUCAACUACCUUUACUCGAUUGAUAUUUAGGUUAACUUUCUACAAGGUCAUGCAAAGUUUCGAGACCAAGCUAAGCUAGUAAACCAUGAUUUGAGGCUAAAAGUCUCCUGAUCAAAGGUUUCAAAUCAAGUUACUAGGUAACUAAACAUAUCAUGAUGCUGCCCAAAACACAAGCUUUAAGAUUACAUUUUACUAAUGUAAUCUCUCACUCUCAUGCUUCUUGGUCUAGACCUAUUAUCUAAUGCUCCUUGCCAUAGAGUCCUCUUCGUGUCAAGUCUCCAGUCCAUCAUGACUAUCAUGAAGCUCCCUGAAUUUGCUUCAUGCCAUCUGAUCUUCCAUGCCUUUCAAGUCCACCUUAGAGUCCACCAUGCGUUAGGCCUCUAGUCCAUUGAAUGCAACUAACUUGCUAAGAUUGCUCCAUUCUAGUUGAUCCUUCACGCCUUUUGAGUCCACCUCGUGCCAGACCUCAAAGCCACUGGGCACACACUCUCCAUGACCACAUCCACAAGCACUCAAUGUUUGUUGCCUAGAGUGUGCUCCAAGCUCCUAAGUUCCAACACUUGUUCGAGACUUCUGAUCCAUUGAGCGUAAACAUACUCAACCGCAUUGAGUCAACUAACUCCUUGAGCUCUAUGUGCAUUAUUUUACAUCUCUGCAAAUUUGUUGUACAUAUUAGUAACAUAAAUCAAAAUCAACUUCAAAACAACUUUGUUAGAACCAACCUUGGAGCAUCAUCUCCUCAAUAAAAAGUAUCUCCUAGAAUUUAGUAAAUUUGUUUCUACUUUAGUGAUUCCAAAAACUUGAAGAUGGCUGUGUCCAUGGUCAUGAUAUGCUAGAUGCUUUUGUGGUGCAUUAUUGAGAAUCUGUGAUUUUUUGGAGUUGCCUCCCAAUAGUCAUUAGAAAGAGGCUCUACUAACACUCACAAAUAAAUUGCCAUGUUUGAUGACAAUGAGGUAGUUCAAUUUACCAAUUAAUUUUUGAUACUGGUUGAAAUUAGAUAAUAAGUUCUCUUGUCUCAAUAUUAUUUUGGCAUUUAGCGCCAUGGAAAUGUUAAUAGGAUUAACUCCUAGAAUACCAUCUUCAUUAAGCAUAUCAAAUAUAUAUUUUGUGGUGAGAUGGAAUUGCCCUUUGAGCUGCCAAAGAAAUACUUCAAAUCCCCUCCUCCCUUGAAUCUUUGGUUUGGAACUGUUAAUGAAGAUAUGAUUUCAAGGUUUAACUUUGUUAAGUUAGGCAGUAUCAUUGCCAACUAAUGAUAGUAUCUUCCACAUUAAGAAUGAGAAUGAAAUUCUUCCCAGUGAGCUAAGGUAAACACUAAAUGUUUUAAUAUAUAUAGUGAAGGUAAUUCAUCACCCUUUACUGAUCAUUGACUGACAAAAGAACUGAAACCACUCAUUUUCUUUUAUUCUUGACAUUUCCUUUAACUGGCGAUGUUAAUCAUGGUUCAUUUUUUCUUUCAGGUUCUGGAAAUGUUUCCUGAUGUUUUUGGCAAGGUUCAUUUAGAGAAUUUCAUGCAUGCAUAUGCUUUGGUUUCCUCACGAGCAUGGGAAACUUCUAAGGGUGUAUCAUUGAUCCCAUUUGCAGAUUUUCUCAAUCAUGAUUGCAAGUGUGGUGCUGUUUUACUAAGUGAUGUAGAUAAAGAAAUCUCUGAGGUUAUUGCUGAUCGUGACUAUGCUAUUGGUGAGCAGGUGAUGAUAAGAUAUGGAAAGUUUUCAAAUGCUACACUGCUGCUGGAUUUUGGGUUUACUCUUCAGCACAACCUAUAUGAUCAGGUUCAGCUUCAUAUGGAUAUACCUUUACAUGACCCCUUAUAUGCAACAAAGACAGAGCUUGUGGAAAAACAUUGCUCUCCGAGGAUCUCAAGUGUUGAUAAAUCCAAUUCAACGGGGAACUCCUUUAUUAUCAAGGAAGUCAAAUCUGCUAGUAGCAAGGGAAAGGGCAUUCCUCAGGCGCUUCGUGCAUUUGUUAGGAUUUUAUCUGCUACAUCAAUUGAAGAGUUGCAAGCUUUGCUCGCUGAAGCUGCUGAAAAUGAUGGUCGGUUGGCUCGGCGCCCAUUAAAGAGCAAGGAAAGAGAAGUUCAAGCUCAUCACAUCUUGUGUUCGCGACUCUUCCUCAUGAUCGAGGGCCAUAAUACUGCUCUAAAGAUGCUUAAUUCUCAGGAUGACACUGAUUAUAAUCUUCGGCCAUCUAUUAGAACUCGAAUGGCAGUAAAUCUUCUCAUUGGAGAGCUGCGAAUUAUGCAGUCUGCUUACAACUGGUUGGAAAAUUACUGCAAAAGAUUGUCAGGAGCCAAGGAAGAAGAUGCAUUGCCCUUAUCUGCCGACACUGAACUUGGUUAAGUUUCUCAAAUUUAGUUUAGUUACAGCCUUUAUGAGCACUGAUUAUUCAUGAACAAUGUUUAUUCAUUUUUUGGAGGGAAAAAAACCCUGCUAGGUUGUCUAAGGUCGUAUUUUUUAUUUUAAAAGAAAUGCAUUAUCCUUUUCUAUCUA